CCCAUAAAAUUAUCCAAGUAUUGUCCUUUACUUAUGCCCCGUUGGGCUAAAUUGAUAUCACUAUUCCUGCAUAAGAGAUAACAGUGUUCUCCUAAAUGGAGUGGCCAAUUUUACUUAUCCUGCAAUAAGUUUUCAAACCAACAAGUACAAAAAUAGUAACUUAAGGAAAAAAGAAAAAGAAAAAGAGAAAGAAACAGUAUACCAUUCAAUCAAUUAGUGGUCGUCGAAGGAAUAUAGUACAAAAGAAACCCCUCCAGAACGAGAAGACUUUCGUGUCCCAAUGGAGUGAGCAGUCACUACAGCAUUUGCAGACGCAAAAAAUUACCGAAAUAGUAUGAUACAGUAAAAAGUAAGCAAUCAAUCAAAUCUAUUACUGUAUUUUUUAAAUUAUGAGAGAGAGAUAGCAAAAGUGGUAGAAUUUCCACAACCUUGGUCUCCCAACUCUCCUUGGCCACCCUUAUUGGGUUGUCUUCUCCCAAUCACUUUCACGUGACCACCCUUUCCCUUCCUCGAAACUCCCUCUCUCUCUCUCUCUCUCUCUCGCUCUCCCCAAGAACCUAGGCAGUGAGCAGUGAACCUUGAGCUAGAGCUAGAGCAAGAUUCAGAUCUCUAUUUCUUCAUUAUUGAUGACUGCAAUACCCUCUUGUCCCCACUAAUGCCUCCUCCUCCUCCACCGCCACAUUCGGCCACCACCACCGCCGCCGUCCUCUUCUUGACACUCCUUCGAUUCUUCUCCACCCAUACAGCUGCUGUCACAUGCUCAAAACCACAAUCUCCUUGCCCGCCCUUCACUUCCACACCUCCCUUCCCUUUCUCUUCAUCACCCGGUUGCGGCCACCCCUCAUUCCAACUACAAUGCUCAUCCCCACAGUCCACCAUCUCCAUCAAUAACCUCUCUUUCUCUCUCCUCCACUACCAACCCAACUCCACCUCUCUCAUCCUCUCUCCUCGCCACUCCACCACCACCACCACUUCAGCUCACAAUUGCACUUCUUCUCACUUCCUCUCCAUCCCCAAUCGAUCCAUCACUCUCUCCGGCUCUCCGUUUCGAGUCUCGGACUCUUCCUGCUCCCGCCUCUUCAAUCUUAAGCCAUGCCCACCUCCGAAUCUCCCAAAUUGCAGCCAUUGUCCUUGGGAAUGCAAGCUCAUGAAGCACCCAAUCCAGCUCUUACUCGAGUGUGGAUCUAAUCAGCAUCGACCCAUCUCAGAUCAGGGCUGUCAAAGCGACAUUUUCGGGUUUCUUGAUGAUUUCUUGAAAUGGGGGAUUGAAGUGGAAUGGGAUGAAGAUGAUGACACCUAUUUCUCAAAUUGCAAGCAAUGCCAAUCCAGAAAUGGAGUUUGUGGGUUCAAUUCCUCAGAUCCCAACAAGCAAUUUCUCUGUUUUCAAUCCCGAACUCGAAUCUCACCUUGGAUUCAUCAGCACAGCCUCAACAGAGUCUCGACUCUCUCACUAAUCUUUCUGUUCAUGUCUCUCUUAUUCAUUUGUAUUGCAACAAUCAUUUUCCGAUCAAGGAGAAACUCAAUGUCCACCGCAGAAGAUCCAACUAUUCUCUUCCUCCACCGUCACCGCUCCGCCAGUCUCCUCCCUCCCCUCUUCACCUACGAAGAGCUCGAGUCUUCCACGAACCGGUUCGACCCCAAACGUAAAAUAGGCGACGGCGGUUUCGGUUCAGUCUAUCUGGGUCAGCUCUACGACGGCCGAAUCGUCGCCGUGAAGCACCUCCACCACCACUCCACCACCGGUACCAAAUCGUUUUUCACAAAGUCAUUCUGCAAUGAAAUUCUGAUUCUCUCUUCAAUCAACCACCCAAAUCUGGUGAAGCUUCAUGGGUACUGUAGUGACCCAAGAGGACUAAUCUUGGUCUACGACUACGUCCCCAAUGGCACACUGGCAGACCAUCUUCACUGCCGAAAAGGGUCGUCGUCGUCGUUGACAUGGCAAGUGAGGGUCGAUAUAGCUUUUCAAAUAGCGAAAGCCAUUGAAUACCUCCAUUUCUCGGUCGUACCAGCUGUGGUUCACAGAGACAUAACAUCUUCAAACAUAUUUGUAGAGAAAGAUAUGAGAAUCAAGGUUGGUGACUUUGGAUUGUCGAGGCUAUUGGUGUGUCCUGAAACGACGACAUUGUCGUCGGCUUCGAGUGGGUGUGUGUGGACUGGUCCACAGGGCACGCCUGGGUACUUAGAUCCUGAUUAUUACAAGUCGUUUCGGCUGACGGAGAAGAGCGACAUAUACAGUUUUGGGGUGGUGUUGUUGGAGCUGAUCACGGGAUUGAGGGCGGUGGACCAGAGGAGAGAGAAGAGGGAGGUGGCGUUGGCGGAUCUGGUGGUGGCCAAGAUUCAGAUGGGGGCUCUGAACCAGGUGGUGGACCCGGUUUUGGUGGUGGAUGGGGAGGCGGUGGACGGUGUUGGGGCUGUGGCGGAGCUGGCGUUCCGGUGUGUGGCGGCGGAUAAGGAUGACCGGCCGGACGCGAAGGAGGUGGCGGCGGAGCUGAGGCGGGUGAGGGGUUGUUGUGCGUGUGCGCGUGUGGGUGGUGGUGUUGUCAGGGCGGCGUCGACUUCGAUGAGUGUGGUGGUCCCUGACUCGGGUUGAGGGUGCACGUGAGUGGCUUUGACUUUAACAGGUGUUGUGAGAGAGUCAUAUAUCAGAUAUGUGUCUUGUUGAUAUCAAUAGAGGAGGCUUUUGAUUAAGGCAAUGUCAAUAGAUCCAAUGGUUUUUCUUGAACUAAUCUUACUAUUUUCUUUCAUUUUGUCUGUAUCUUUGAUUAAUACCCAAUGAAUUAUCUAUAUCUACAUAUUCUACACAAUGAUUUUUGCUACCUAUGAGAUUUAACUUCAGACUUUAGGGUACAUGUGAUUGAUUGUUACUGGUAGUAAUUUACAAAUUAAAAUAUUGUAAUUCCCUAUUUAUGAAAAAUAUAGUAAGUGGUUAAUUUUGGCAUUGUA